GCUCUCCGGGACCGCGGCGCGCACGGACAAUUGCGCUCGCGGACGGACGGUCGCUCGCGCACCACACACACGCGCGCGCACACUCGCACACCCACAAACCCACACACACACACACACACACCCACAAACCCACACACACACACACACCUAUACACCAGCACACCUAUACACACCAGCACACGUAAUACGCACGCGCGUGCGAACACGCUUUUUCCUAUUUUUCCGGUCCUUUUUAUUCCACAUCUACUCUCGCUCCGCGGCAUCUCUCUUUCGGCCGCUCGGGCGCGCGCGUUCUCUCUCGCGCCCUCGUCGUCUCUCUCUCUCGCUCGCCGUCCGCAAGGCGCACGGCGCGCGCGUCGCACUCUGCACCGCGUAUAGGUACGUCGCGUACGUGUGUAUACGCGCGCCCGGCUCCGCGGACAUAUCCCGGCCACAAAGUCGUCCGUCGCCGUUAAACAGGUAUUGAAAAUAAUAAUAAUAAUAAUAAUAUUGUGAUACGCUUUUGACGCGCCAACGGGCGGCAAAUUGAUCGUGUGUCGUGUCAGUGGUUUUUCGUACGUUUUACGCCGACCGACGAGCCCGGCCGACUGAACCAGCCCCGCGAGCGCCGGCAGAGGAAGAGGCGGCGGUCGGACGAUCCCACACCUCCACCGCUCGUUAUCGCCACUACGACGACCGCAACGACGUCGCCGUAUAUGGUGCUCUGGCGACGGCCGUGCCAGAUCGGUGGUUGGCCCGCGGGACGACCACGACGACGCGCCGACAGCACCAUAAUCACCGCCCGUACCAGCCGCAGCGGCCACUGGCACGAUGACGUGUGGCGGCCGGCGGCUAUCGCCGUCGUAUUACCGACACCACAGGCGCCGGUGCCGGCACGCCGGCGACCCGCAGCACCAUCGCCGUCUGAACCACCAGUACGAUCACCGCAACCAUCACCACUAUCACCACAACUACUAUCGUCACCAUCACCACCAUCAUCGUCACUAUCACCAUCACGAUCACCACCGCCAACACGACCGAAACGGGCGCGGCCCGCCGCGUCGGCCGCGGGCCUCCGUGGCCACCGAUAGCCGCGCCCGACUGCCGUACGCGGCCACCGACGUCGUGGUCGCGUCAGACGCCAAGUCACCGUCGCCGCCGCCGACAAUGAGGCACGCGACCAACCACCGUCGGCAUUCGUCUUCGUCGUCUCUGUCGUCGGCGGCCGCCGUCCGCCGCAUGUCCGCAUGGCUGGUGGCCUGCGUCGCCUUUUGGGCCCCAUCGGCGCCCUGCACGCACGCCGCUAGUAUGUUCGGAGACGUGAACAUUUCAGCCAUACUCGAUUCGUUCAGCGGCAGUUACGACAAAAGAGUAAGACCGAAUUACGGAGGUCCCCCAGUAGAGGUCGGAGUCACCAUGUAUGUUCUCAGUAUAAGCUCCGUGUCCGAAGUACUCAUGGACUUUACGCUGGAUUUUUACUUCAGACAAUUCUGGACCGAUCCCCGGUUGGCGUUCACUAAGCGGCAGGGUGUCGAGACCCUUUCCGUGGGAUCGGAGUUCAUCAAGAAUAUCUGGGUGCCCGACACGUUCUUCGUCAACGAGAAACAGUCGUACUUUCACAUAGCGACCACCAGCAACGAAUUCAUUCGGAUACACCAUUCGGGGAGCAUAACGCGGAGCAUUCGCUUAACCAUCACCGCGUCGUGUCCCAUGAACUUGCAGUACUUCCCGAUGGACAGACAAUUGUGCCACAUUGAGAUCGAGAGCUUCGGAUACACAAUGAGGGACAUCAGGUAUAAAUGGAACAAGGGACCAAACUCGGUGGGCGUGUCCAACGAAGUGUCGUUGCCACAGUUCAAAGUGCUCGGGCACCGGCAGCGUGCGAUGGAGAUAAGCUUGACGACGGGAAACUAUUCGAGACUGGCUUGCGAGAUACAAUUCGUGCGGUCCAUGGGCUACUACUUGAUCCAGAUCUAUAUACCCAGCGGGCUGAUCGUCAUCAUAUCGUGGGUGAGCUUUUGGCUGAAUAGGUGCGCGACGCCCGCUCGAGUCUCGUUGGGUGUUACCACUGUAUUGACCAUGACUACGCUCAUGUCGUCCACCAAUGCUGCACUGCCGAAGAUAUCUUACGUCAAGUCCAUCGACGUCUACCUGGGCACGUGUUUCGUCAUGGUGUUCGCUUCGCUAUUGGAGUAUGCCACCGUAGGGUACAUGGCCAAGAGGAUACAAAUGCGGAAGAACCGUUUCUUGGCAAUACAAAAGAUCGCUGAACAGAAGAAAGGUGGCGGCGGAGGCGGUGGAGGAGGAGGUGCCGGUGGUCACUCCGCCCACGACGGCCACUCGCACGCCCAUCCACACCACACAUCGCGUCACGGUCACGGCCACGGCUCGAUAUCCGGUCACAGCACACUGUCUGGACACGGCACCCUGUCUGGUGGCCACGGUCCCCAGUCCGGCCAUGGCACGCUCCCCCACGGAAUGUCCAGCCAUGGACUGGCAUCGCAUGGAACCAUGUCCAGUCAUGGUUACGACGGCAGCGGUCACCGGCACAGUCACAUGAGCCACGGGGGCACGUUGUCCGGAUCGCUGAUAGCUGGAGACUUAGAUCACAUGCCUCGACAAACCGAGGUGCGAUUCAAGGCUCACGAUCCAAAAAACUACCUCAAGGGUGGUUCGCUAGAGAACACCAUAAACGGCCGCGGGGAUGACGACAACAUAACGCCCAUCCCCACGCAACAUGUCAUGCACCCCAACAAAGACAUCAACAAGCUUUACGGCAUUACGCCCAGCGAUAUCGACAAGUACUCGAGAAUCGUGUUCCCGGUGUGCUUCAUCUGCUUCAAUCUCAUGUAUUGGAUUAUAUACCUACACAUCAGCGACGUGGUCGCCGACGAUCUGGUGCUGCUGGGCGCGGACUGAACUCAUCGGUUACCGCGUUUACCGGACCGCCGUUUUAUACACCUACACACAUACACAUAUAUAUAUAUACUAUAUUAUAUACUACUUACAUGCGAUUAAAUAAUCUAUAUUGUACACUUAGACUUAGUGGUGGUGAUAAGAGCUCAAAGAAAUACAAAUUCCGUAAGAUUUAUAUAUAUAUAUAUAUAUAUUAUACUAUACGAUAUUUUAGUAGUGUUAACGCAAUUAUUAUUAUUAUUAUUAUUAUUAUUAAAUUAUGUCGUAUUACGUAUGACGUAAUAUUCUCUAUGUGUAUAUUAAUAUGAUAUAAGUCUAUAGACAGGAUCGAUCUAACACCUGCAGGGUUUUUCACAGAUUCUCAUAUGCGUAGGACUAGACUACGUUAUAAUAAUAAUAUGAUAUUAUUUAUUAUUAUCAACUAAAAUGGAAGAACAAUUAUUAACAUAUAUUAUUAUAAUUAUUAUUAUGUUGAGCGAUGUGUCGAUCGCAUGACAAUGAUUUCACUAUACGCACUCGAUGGACGUUGAAGGCGUGGCGUUUUGUUCAUCGCGUUUUAAAAAUUGUUAGGUAAUCAAAGUAUGAUAUUAUUAAUUAUUAUAUAAUGAUUUUAUUAUUACGAUGGUAUACCAGGUACCUCCGCGGCGAUAACCUCGUUUUUUACAAGUGAAAUUAAUUUCUCGCCGAACGUCCACAGUAAUGAUGAUAUUAUUUAUGAUUCAUGCGAUACAAAAUCAAAGUUUUUUUGUCCGAAAACAACGAAAUUCACGAAAAACAAUAGCAAUAAUUAUUAUGCCAAUGAACAAUAAACAAUAAUUUGUAACGCGAGAGCAAUAAUAUAACAAUAUUGUGUUGUGGUCGUCGACGCCGGAAACGCCCAAAACGGAGACUGAUAUGAAUAAUUAUUAUGAUGAUAAAAUAAUAUACUGAAAUCUAUAACAUGUAUGCCAAUACCUUGGUGAAUAAUUCAUCGAUUAUCGUUAUUUUUCCAAAAAGCGUGAUAAUAAGAAAAUUAAUAAAUAUUAUGUGUUAUUAAAAUUCAUGUAAAUUAAACAUUAAUACUUAUAUUUAGAUGACAAUACCUUAUAAUGUUUUUAACAACUAUUUAAACCAAUAUUAGCUCACAAUAAAUAAUACAUAAUAUUUAUAUAGAUAUAUAUAUAUAUAUAUAUAUAUAUAUGUAUUGUAUAAUAUGUACGAUAACGUCUAUGUAUACUAUAAUGCUUGUACAAAAAUAUCAUCAUAAGAACGACAUUUUAAGACGCGAAAUCGAAUGCAAAACACACACCGAAAUUCACACUCACAAUUAUUCCGAUAAAUUGUUUCUCUAAAAAGAAUCUGUGACCCAAAGAAAACCUCUUAACCCAAUAAUAGUAUAAUGUAAGGGCAUAAAUUACUACCCGUGCAUUAUUAAUUUACAGGAUGAUUUAAAAAGCAUGCGUAUUUUUUUGAUUUUUGAAAACUGUUAAUUCACUUAAAGACUAUAUCAUCGGAUUCUUGUGAUUUAAUUUAUUAAGUAAUAAGUAUCGUGUGGUGAUUCAAAAUUCUGUUUUUCAAAUGAGAAUACACUAUUUGUAUGGUAAUUUAUUGAAAGGAUGACUUUUUUGAAAAUUAUGAUCUAUCUACUGAAUUCAAAAUUCGAACAAGUAUUUACUUAGUUAUUUAAAUGAUCAUACUUAAGAUAAAAGUCCUUAAAAACAGUUUUACAAAUAUAUAAAAUUCCUGUUAAUUCGUUUGAAUUUGUAUUUUCUUAUAUUGAAAUUUUCAGAAAAAAUAUCCGUUAUAUAAUUUACUGUUGGGGGUCCUCAUUCUCAUUUUAAAACUAAAACAGAAGUUACACAAAACAGUCCUUAAAUAGUACAAAAAAUCUCAAUAAUUAAUAUUUAAUUAUAAAAUUAUAAAAUUAUGGUCUUUAAGUGUAUAUAAUAACUGCAAAAACCAGAUUUUGAAUAAUUGCAUUAUUGAAAAAAAAGGCGAGCAUGCUUGAUUAAUCAUCCUAUAUUAUAGUUACAAAAUGCGUUAAAAAUAAUUUACUACAGUGCAUAAUAAUUAUACUACAUUGAUAUUCGAACGAUUUCUGGUUUUUGCGAUUGCCUUCAGUUUAUCUAUUAUCUGAACGACUCUGUAUACCUACGUGAAAUGUACGUAUUUAUUCAUUAUAUAUUAUAUAAUAUGUGAUAUGUGUAUCAUCGUAUUUCCAUGGCCGCGAAAUGCACCUGCGACUGUUUAUAAAUAUUAUUAUUAUUAUAAAAUAAGUACUAAAAUUCUAUUAUAUUAUUAUUAUUACGUUAAGUUUAUGUUAGGACUGAAAUUAUGAAGAUUAAAGCAAUUUAUGUAAUAAUUAUUAUAUUAUAAUACUAUACAAAGUCGACUAUUUGUAGUGUUUUAUACUGAAAAAAAAUCUAAAAAUUAUAUAUUACACUAAUGUAUUAUUAUGUAUAUGCCAUGUGUACAUAAAAAAUACAUACUUGACCGUAGUUAUUAUAAAUUAGGGUAAUAUAUAAAUACACAUAUACAUAUAUAUAUAUAUAUAUUGUGUGUAUAUAUAUAUAUAUAUAGUGUUGCCCAGUGAUUAGCUCAUUGUUUCAGUGGCAUAUUUUAGUUUAUAUAAAACAUUUAUAUUAUUAUAACAUGUAUAGGUAUAAUGAUAUGUACUAUUAUUACGAUUGUAUUGUAAUAUUAAGAGGAAACGAAAACGAGUAUAAUUGUAAUAAUUAGUGAUAAUGGUAAAACAUUUUUUUUUUGUUAUUGAUUCCCGAUAUUAAUUAUUAUUAUUUGAUUAGGUGUCACCGUUCUCAUUUCUCAAAAUUAUUUUUAUAAGUCGCAAAUUACAUAUAUAUAUAUAUAUGUACUAUUACUAAUAUGAUAUUUUAUCCGCGUGUACAAAACUAUUAUAUACCUACAUAUGAUACAACGCGAUGUGAGAAUAUGUGUUUAUAUUAUGCAUUGUAUGCGCGUACGUAUGGUAGGUAUAAUAUGCGCAUGAUGGUGUACGCCCAUACACUACCGUCUAUAGGUACAUGAUUAAUUAAUAUUAUAUAAAAUGUGUUUAUGUGACGUUUUAUGCAUAUUAUUAAUAUAAUAUAUUGUAUUAAGGUCGAUUGAACACUAUUAACCGUGUUUGUAAUCGACGGUAUUAUAUGAUAUUAUAUCGAGAGAAAACAAACAAUUAACAAUAAUAUAACGAAACGUACAAUAAUAUAUAUAUAUAUCCACAUAAUACAACUAUACGAUUUGAAGUGCUUUAUAUUUUGCUGUAGGUAAUAACAUACGGUUAUAACGCGCAAUUUUCCAAUUGAUCUUUACGACGGUUUUAGCUUAGACAUCGAUAACAGUAAUAAAAUACAAUCUUAAUAAUCACGCGGUCACCUAGACAAUUUCACUAGGCGAGUAGCGACCAACCAAAAUCAAACGUUAGUAGUAUGUGAAGGCAAAGGUAAUAAUAUAACAAUAUGCUAUGAUCACGGUUAGUGAAAAAAAUUAUAAUUUUCUUAACAUCGUCAACGAAAAGUAUAAAUUCUAAAAAUGUGGACUUCAUUCUUCUACACAUCGUCGUCCGAUUACAAACCAAAACCCUGUGAAAAAAAUACUAAAAGAUCCAGCCCGUGUCAUUUUGUCUCGUUACACACAAUUAAAAACACGAAAUCAAAAUAAAUCAUUUAGAAAAAAUCGGGUGACCAGUAGUGUCCCGUGUAGUUUAAUAUAAUAAUAAUAUGAUCUAGACUUCACCCAUUAUGGACGGCAAAAAGUAAACCCAAAUCGUAUUUUAUGUAUAUUUAUUUGUAUACCUCCAUAUUAAUAUUACAUAAUAAUACGUGUACACGCAUUGUACAUUGUGUUGUCACAAUAACGGCAACGGUACAUUGUUAUUAUAUAUUAUUAAAUUCGAUAUAAUAUUAUGUAAUAUAUUUAUAUGAUAUCGCGUAUGUUUAGACAUUAAUAAUUAUUUAAUAAAAAUAUUUUUAAAAGCACUUUCAGAUUGUGAUUCGCACAUUUUAAACGAUAAUACAAUUUGACUUCCUUAGUGUUUAAAUCAGCAAACGGUAGCGCGUUGUUAUUUGAAAAGAUAAAAAAAAAAAAAAAUGAAAAAAACUAAAAAAAAAUUGUAAAAAUGUGAAACUACCGUCGUAUAUUCUAAAUCUCGUUAGGUAAUAAUAAUAUUAUUAUAAUAUAUUAAACUGUUAUUAUUUUAAGUUUAUGUAGUCUAUUAUUGUAAGACCGUUAUUCGUUUACGUUGAUAAAUAACAUAAUAACAAUAUAUUAUUAUUAUAUUGUAUGCUAUAUGAUAAUAAUAUAUUUAUAAUAUGUUAUAUUAUGUUUCCCCUUAUUUAUGUCAAUAAUAAUUAUUAAUUACAUACAAAUAGUUUAUAUACAUUAUUAUUAUUGUGAUUAUUAUUAUAUUGUUUGUUUUAAUUGUAUGCUUCCGUUAUUUUUUUCAUUCUUUUUCUUUAUCAAAUUAUUAUUAUUAUUAUUAUUAUUAUUAUAUAUAAUAUAUAUAUAUACAUACAUAUAUGUAUAUUAUAUACAAUAUUUUACACGUCGAUUAAGUUACAAUAAAUAUAAUUAAAUACUCAAUUGAAGUGUAUGAAAAAAUUAUAUUAGUCAACUGAAUCUCAAUACGCUCAAUAAAUAUGGUGAAGCAAAUA